CGGAGACCCUCCAGGAGCGCAGAACCCAGAACCCAGAACCCGGACAGGUUCUCUGGAUGCUCCGGAGACAUCAAACAGAUCGACGGAACUGCGUUUUCUAGCUCACAACAGACGAUAUUUAUCCGGUUAACCUGAGAAGAAGCAGCGCAGGUGGAGAAUCUGGAUUGAAUCUCCAGGAUGGAUUCCGCGCUGAGGCCGGUUCUUCUUCUCAUCACUGUCUGCUGCUGCUCCACAGCUCAACGCGUCGACUACGUUUCUCCACAUCGAGGAAGCCUCAAUGGAGCAACAAGACUCACCAUCACAGGAGCAGAUUUCUCCAAGGCGGAGUUUAAACUGAGGCCUGAAGACGCUCACUUUGGAAACCUGGUGACUCUGGUGUCGGACACCAAGUCGUUUCCGUGCGACGUGGAGAGAGACUCGACUCACAGGAACCAGAUUAUGUGUUACACCAGACCCAUGCCUGAAGAUCACUACAUGGUUUACGUCACUGUUGAUGGAGUUCCGAUUCCUGACAGCAACCUGUGUAGAGGACAUUAUAAAUCAUACCACUGCAGCUUCUAUUCCGUCUGGUACCGAACUCCAACCAUCUCCUCUCUGAGUCCAGUCAGCGGUCUGCCAGGAACAUUGGUGACGAUGAGAGGACGGAUCUACACCAACAUCUACGGAAGCAACACGGACCGAAGCUCCAACGGCCUCAACGUCAGAUUUCUGAGAUCUUUCAUGGGAGGGAUGCCUUGUGAGCUGCUCAAACCGGAUUUAGAUGAACUCUACAACCUGAAGCUGGAUUCUGAAUCUUCUCACUGGGGAUCCAUGAGCUGCAAGAUGACCGGGACGUAUGUCGGUCACCACAACUUGUCUUACAUCCUUGAUGCCGACUUUGGAAGGAGUAAACCCGACAAGGAUCUGUACAGAGUUUCAGCUGAGGACAAACUCUUCAUGUUCCAGACUCAUGCAGAGGUGACCGGAGUCUCUCCAUCGGCCGGCAGUGUCCUGGGAGGAACUCUGAUCACGGUUCACGGACGAUUCUUCGAUGAAACCGAUCGACUGGCUCGAGUUCUGGUCGGAGGUCGUCCAUGUGAGGUCCAGAGUCUCACCGACGACAGAAUCACCUGCAGAACGUCCCAACAACCCAACGGCAACAUGACGCUUUAUCCAGGCGGCCGAGGUUUGAAGAUGGAGGUCUGGAACCAAACGAGGCCUCGUCACCUGACCGACAUCUGGAGCUACAACGAGUCCACAUCUGGAUACUGGACUCAGUGGGUUGACUCGAUGCCCCAGAUCUUCCCCCUGGAGCUGGACUACUUCACCACUCGAACCAGAGGCUUCCUGGUUCCUCCGACCAGCGGAAACUACAGAAUUUACCUCAACUGUGACGACCGAUGUGAGCUUUACAUGAGCAACUCCAGCCGGCCCGAGGACAAGGUUAAAGUUGCAUUCCAGCCUUAUUACACCUCAGACUUCACUAAAAUGGACUCACAGAAGUCAGAUGUGAUGGCUCUGGAGAAAGGAAAACCCUACUACAUUGAAGUCCUGCAGCAGGAAUACGGAGGCAGAGCUGGACUCAACAUCGCUUUGUUCCGAGAAGAAAGUUCCUUCACAGAGGCGCAGACGGACGACGCCGUCAACGAAGAGCAACAAAUCGUGGCCAAAUACGACUUCUUCGAUGAGGAGCAGGUGAUUUCCUUCGACUCGUGGUCCGGUAAAACCUCCGCGGUUAAAGAGGUCCAGAAGGUCGUCGUCAACAGCAGCUGUGAAAGUCACCUCUGUGGAAACACCUUCUUCAGGAUGAGAUACGAAGACGCCAAGACGGUUCCGAUCGCCAUCGGCGCCUCAGCAAACGUGAUGGAAGCAGCUCUGAACGACUUGUGGUCCAUCAAACCCGACAGCGUCCAGGUGACCAGACAGGAGGACGGUCAGAGCUACCACUAUACCGUCACCUUCAACUCUGACAGAGGCGACUUCAAACUUCUUCACUCUGAGGUUUUUACCAACGACACCAGAAUCACUGUUGCUGAGGUAACCAAGGGCCAAAGCACCAUGGAGACCUUCACUCUGCUGUGGGGCGGCAUCCAAACGAAACCCAUCAGCGUCAAUGCAUCCGAGUCCGAGGUGCAGUCGGCUCUGGAGGACCUGAUGAAGGCCGAGUGUCCCGACGAGGUCCGAGCCACCGAAGGAGUCAACGUGAAAUACUUCCACGACUUUGAAAAAAACACCGAUCAGUUCAACAGCGCUAAAACAGGGACUCUGGUGAAAAAUUCUGGUUUCUGCGGUUCUUCGUCACUGAAGAACGCCGAAGUUCUCUUCAUGGAAAGUUACAAAACAGAGUCUGGAAAAACCUACGGACCGGUUUCACUGGACAAACACCCCAUGCUUUGCUUCGCCUACAAGGGAGCGUUGAAGAACGUCGUUGAGAUGAAGUUCACGUAUGUCAGCAGCAGCAGCAGCGUCACCAAAACCGAGACGGCAAAGAUCAGCACCGUGUUCAACCACGGCCCAGAGUGGAGCUACAAAUGUCUGGACCUGCAGAGCUCUCUGCAGGUCGAGUUCUUCGGCAGCAGAUACAGUCUGCUGGAGCUUCACCUCCACAGAGACGACUCUGGUGAAGAUUUCUACGUAGACGCCGUUUAUAUCGGAAAGACGGCCACCACGAGGGAUGUAAACGCUGCCGCCCUGAAGAGGAGGCCUCCUCCUUUUCAGAGCUCCUUUGAGAUGAUCUCUGUCACCAGAAGGGCAUCAAACACUUCAAACAUCAGCUACGAGAUCAAAGCUACACCUGCAGAAUGUGCUUUUGGGUUCCCGCUGCUGGAAAUGGGCUUCCUGCAGAAGUCCAACAGCAGCGAGGACUCAGCUGAGUUCACAUCAGGAGGAGCUAAAGUCAGCAUCAAUCGUCCUCAUAGAGCCUCCGGACCUCUGAAAGGAACCUUCGAUGCAGAGAUUUACGGGGACAUAGUUGAAGGUCUGUCUGUGGACAUCAGCGAGGACGACCUGAAAUACGCUCUGGAGGGAAUCGAGGCGAUGGGACAGAUCAGCGUCACCAAGAAGGGAAACUGCAGAAGACCGAGCUGGAAGAUCAAGUGGCUGAUGAAGGCUGGAGACCAGCCUCUGAUCAAGAUCAACGACUCGUCGGUCGUCGGUGAAAACGUCGAGGUUUCGGCUCGUGAGAAAGUAAAAGGAGGACUGCUGAUCAGAAGCCUGUCAGGAGAUUUCUUCAGGACUGGAGAAAAUGAACCGCAGGUGGACGUUCACAUCAACGGUAUUCCCUCCAAGUGUUCUGGAAACUGCAGCUUCCAGUGGAAAGAAGAGAAAACUCCAGUUCUGACUGGAAUCAGCCCAAAUCAAGGAUCUGACGGUUUGGGGACUCUCCUGACCGUCACUGGAAACGGAUUCAGCAACGAAAACGCCUCCAUCAUGGUGGGAAAAGCAAAGUGCCACGUCGAGCAGAUCAGCGCUUCCUCUCAGGUGUGCAGACUGAGCAGCUCCAGUGCUGGAAGUUUUCCGGUGUCCGUCAACUUUCCCUCUCUGGGAGAUUCCCGGCAUGCAGGAGGAAACGUCCUGAGGUUCACCUACCAGCUCAUCGUUUCCUCCUUCUCCCCGACGACCGGCAGCGUGGCAGGAGGAACCCUGCUGACUGUGAGCGGCUUCGGCUUCAGCCAGAACUCCUCGGUUACUGUCGGCGGUGUCGAGUGUUUGCUGGUUCAAUCCACCGACACGGAGCUCAAAUGCAGAACACCAGCAGGAGCUGCAGGAUCCCAGAACGUCACGGUGUCGGAGGGGAACGUGACUCAGUCGGCCGUCGGCUCCUUCACCUUCGAUAACGACGUCACGCCUCAGAUCUCCAGCCUCAGUCCUCAAACCACCACCGUCACGGGACGCAGAGUUCUCACCAUCUGGGGUUCCAACCUCAGAGACAAUAGCAGCGUGGUGUUGGUGGGAGGGAAGGAGUGUGUUGCCCUGCAGUGGACGUCCACAAACAUCACCUGUCUGCUGCCCGAGCUGCCGCCGGGUCGGCACAAGGUGGACGUUCAGGUCGGCAACAAGGGAAACCCCCAGACCAGCAACGGUGUGAACGCCACCAUUGAAUACAUCCUGGAAGUCUACAGCAUCUCCCCGUCGUUCGGCUCUUUAAUGGGAGGAACCACGUUGACAGUUUCUGGUUCUGGUUUCAGCAACAACACAUCCGACAACAAAGUGUCUAUUGGAGAUGUUCAGUGUGAAGUGACGGUCGCCUCGGAGAAAGAACUGCGAUGCGUCGUCGAGUCGGAGCAGGAGACCCACAAUGUCACCAACCAGGGAUCUCACCACGUUUAUGGACAGGGAUAUGCAUGGAGUCCUUCCUCACUCACAGUGUUUGUUGGAGACACAGUGAUGUGGCGUUGGGAGGCACCUCAGUUCCAGAGAGUCGGGUAUCGGGUCUUCAGUGUUCCUUCUGCAAGUUCCACCACUCCUGCAGGGGGCCCGCUCAACAGUGGAGAGAUGAAGAGUUCAAAAGGGUCUUACAGCUACCAGUUCACUGCUCCUGGUGUGUACCUCUACAGCAGCGGCUACGUAGACAACAACAACAACAUUCUGCUGCAGGGAGUCGUGAAAGUAAGGAAUCGGAUGGAGAAGACCAGCGAGGUCUCCGUCAGCGUGGGAGGCAUUCAGGCCAGACUGGUGGCAGGAGGUUCCCGUCACGUUUCCAGAGCAGCACAGCAAUGCGUUGCAUCACCACAGUGCCAGCAGACCAAUCAGACUUCAAAUGGGUUUUCCUACAGCUCCUUAGCCUGCUCCACCCCCACAGUCCACUCCAUCUCCCCCAACCAGGGCUCGUACCACCAGGUCAUCCACCUCCAGGGAAUGGGCUUCAGCAACAUCACCUGCGCUAAUGAGGUAAAGGUUGGAGAUCAGCCCUGUCAGGUGAUCAACAGCUCUCAUUCAGACAUCAACUGCCAGCUCGCCCCCAGCACCAAGCUCCCCACCGGCGUCGCUUUGUCCGUGUCCGUCAGAGUCAACAACCUUGGUAGUGCCAUCAUCCUGGUGAAGAAUGAGCUCGACCGUCGCUUCGUGGUUCUGCCCGUCGUCGACUCGGUCUCGCCUCCCGUCGGCAGCACCACCGGCUCCACGAGGCUCUUCAUCCACGGUUCCGGCUUCUCCUCUGGACAAGUGACUGUCGCCGGCGAAUCCUGCAGCAUCCUGACGCUGAAUUACACUCACAUCCUGUGCGACACUGCUCCGUCUCAGCCGCACACUGGCGACGUAGUUUUCCACCAAGGCCGAAUCCAAAGCUCCUGCCACUCCAACUGCUCCUUCGUCUACUCCUCCUCCAUCACCCCAACAGUUACCAGCAUCUCCCCCGACACUAUUGAUGGUGCCACCAGUGUCACCAUCUCCGGCUCGGGGUUUGGAGGCCGUGUGGACAUAGUGUCGGUUUUUGCCAACGCCACAGAGUUACAAGUCGCCAACGUUACCGACGGCAACAUCACAGCGAUGGUUGGCGCCCUGCCCGCCGGGUACCACUCAGUCAGAGUUACGGUGAGGAACAAAGGCCUCGCAUCCGGUGUCGUCACCCUGAACAGUCGCGCUCAUGCCAUCCUGAACAUCGCCGUGGGCAGUCUGGCAGGAGGAACUCCGCUCGUCUUCACCGGAAAUGGCUUCACUCCAGGAAACACCAGCGUGACGAUUGGUGGGAAACCCUGCGAGAUUCAGAAGGUGAUGCCGGGUCAACUUCACUGCAUGACGCCUCCUCAUGUUGAAGGGUUGGUGACCGCCAACGUCCGGGUCUCUUCUGUGGUUUAUCCUCCACUCAACUUCAGCUACUCUGCAGCCCACACUCCGGUCCUCAGCUCCAUCAGCCCCGCCACAGGUCCGAGUGGAUCCGUCCUCUCGCUCAACGGUUCAGGAUUUGGCAACGACUCUCAGCUUGUCUCGGUCACCAUAAAUAACGUCCUCUGCAACGUGUCCAUGGUGUCGGACUCUCAGAUCCAGUGCACGGCAGGAAACAACCCAGGAGGAGCUUACAAAGUGAUGCUGCUUCACCGGGGCAAAGGUUACGCCCAAUCAAACGUCAUGUUCACGUACGAACUGAAGAUCAGCAGUGUGACGCCCAACGAGAGUGGUUUUGGUGGCGGCAGACUGACGACCAUCCGAGGCUCUGGGUUCUCAAACACAACUGUAGUGAAAAUCUGCGACCAGCUUUGUAUCGUUGACCGAGAAACGUCGACGUCGACACAACUGCUCUGUGUUCCUCCACCCAACAAUGGAACUCAGUCGCACCUGAGCUGCGACGUUUCCGUCAUCAACCUGCUGAGCAACGUCACCGUGUCCGGCGCCUUCACCUACAGAUCUCAGCUGACUCCGGUAGUUGCCGAGGUUUCUCCACGCCGAGGAAGCACCGCCGGAGGCACCAGGCUCACCAUCACCGGCUCCGGUUUCAGCUCUGACGUCAGUAAAGUGAACGUGACGAUCGCAGGUUCAGUGUGUGACGUUCAGUCGGCCAACAACACUCACAUCGUCUGUGUGACCAACUCUCAGAAACAGUCUCAGCAAACUAAAGUCAGGGUCAACAUCGCAGACAAAGGCCUCGCCAAGAUGGAUAACGCAGAUUUCUUCUACAUCGACGUCUGGUCGUCCAGGUUCACGUGGGGAGGUCUGUCUGUUCCUGAGAACGGCUCCUUCGUCGUCAUCACCAAAAACCAGACCAUCCUUCUGGACAUCAGCACCGCAGUGCUCAAAAUGCUCCUCAUUCAAGGAGGGACGUUGAUAUUUGAUGAAGCCGACAUCGAGCUGCAGGCAGAAAACAUCCUGAUCACGGACGGUGGGCGGCUGCAGAUCGGCCAGGAGGGGGCGCCGUUCCAGCACAAAGCCAUCAUCACGCUUCAUGGACACGUGCGAUCGCCUGAAAUUCCUGUUUAUGGAGCCAAGACGUUGGCUGUUAGGGAGGGUGUCCUGGACCUGCACGGUAUUCCUGUCCCCGUCCCCUGGACUCACCUGGCCCAGACGGCGACCAGCGGCUCCGUCACGCUGACCCUGAAGAAGGCCGUGACGUGGAAAGUCGGAGAUGAGAUUGUCAUUGCCUCCACUGGCCACAGACACAGUCAGAAAGAGAAUGAAGUGAGGAAGAUUGCUGCUGUGUCGGCUGAUGGAAAGACUCUCACCCUGGACAGACCUCUGAACUACACCCACCUCGGGGUGAGCGUCACGCUGCCCGACGGCACCGUGUUCGAAGGCCGAGCCGAGGUGGGUCUCCUCACCAGGAACAUUGUAGUUCGAGGAUCCCGAAAGCAAGAAUGGACCGACACGAUUGAAGCCUGCCCUGCCGGCUUCAACACAGGCGAAUUUGCCACCCAGACCUGUUUCCAGGGUCGGUUUGGAGAAGAAAUAGGCAGCGAUGAGUUUGGAGGCUGCAUCAUGUUUCAUGCAUCCAGACCCGGUGAAAAUCUGGCAAUCGGCAGACUGGAAUAUGUUGAGAUCUACCACGCCGGACAGGCCUACAGGCUGGGACGUUAUCCCAUCCACUGGCACCUGAUGGGAAACAUCAGCUACGUGUCGUAUGUUAGAGGCUGCGCCAUCCACGAAACCUUCAACCGGGCCGUGACCAUCCACAACACCCACCAGCUGCUGGUGGAGCACAACGUCAUCUACAACAUCAUGGGCGGCGCCUUCUUCAUCGAGGACGGCAUCGAGACUGAGAACAUCCUGCAGUACAACCUUGCGGUGUUCGUCAAGCAGAGCACCAGUCUGCUGAAUGACGACGUCACGCCCGCCGCCUACUGGGUCACCAAUCCCAACAACAUCCUCCGCCACAACGCCGCCGCAGGAGGAACCCACUUCGGCUUCUGGUACCGCAUGCAUGAGCACCCCGAUGGCCCGUCCUACGACAAAAACAUCUGCCAGAAGAGGGUUCCUCUGGGGGAGUUUCUCAACAACACCGUUCACUCUCAGGGCUGGUUCGGACUGUGGAUCUUCCAAGACUUUUUCCCAAUGAAGACAGGAAGCUGCCGUUCCAAGACCCCCGAGCCCGCCGUCUUCCGUUCGCUCACCACCUGGAACUGUGAGAAAGGCUCUGAAUGGGUGAAUGUGGGUUCCAUACAGUUCGAGAACUUCCUCAUGGUCAACAACGAGAAAGCCGGCAUUGACGCUAAACGAAUUUUCCAGUGGGCCGUGAAAGGCUUCGGGGAGGACGGCGGGGCGACGGUGUCCAACAGCACCAUCGUGGGCCAUUUGGAUGAGCUCGGCCAGGGGAAGAGCAACUGCACCCACCGCGGGGUCAUCACGCCUUUCGACGACGGCUUGAGCGUCCUCAACACCAAGUUCAUCAACUUCGACCGGAAGUCCUGCGCAGCCAUCGGGGUGACCUCAAUCGAUGGGACCUGUGUGGAUCGGUGUGGCGGCUGGGCAGUCCGGUUCAGUGGCAUCCAGUACGUAAACUCACCCAACAAGGCCGGGUUCAGGUGGGAACAUGAAGUGCAACUGAUAGACACCGAUGGAUCCCUCACAGGAAACAUCAACCACAAAGUGGUGCCGAUGAGCCCCCUGCUGGAUCCGGCUCACUGCUCCCAGAGUGCAGAGUGGAGCGUCGGUUUCCCCGGAGCUGUAUGUGACCACACUGUCGACUUCCACCGCCUGGCAUUCAACAACCCUUCACCAAGCUCUCUGAAGGCCAAGGAUGUCAUCUUAACCAACUCACAUGGCACCAGCGUGAUUCCAUUUCUGAAGAAGAGAAUGACUCAUAAAUUUGGCUGGAUGGCUUUGCUGCCCUCCGGACAAACAUACAACUGGUACUUUGACAACGUGGACCAGGUCACCAACAUCACCUACAGCGGAAAGUUCUACGGUUUCAAGCCUGAUCAGUUCGUCAUCAUCAACCACAACUUCACUCAGAGUCCUGACAGUUUCAGGAUCAUCGACAGGAGGAACGGAUCGUCGUCGCUGCUCAGCUUCAGUAGCAACAAGAACGGAGACUGGUACUUCAACAACAGCACCAACGACCUCUACUACAUCGUAUCCGGGAAAACAAACCAGCGGCGGCGGCGUAGCAGCGUCGACCGAUUGAUGCUGGACGUUGGGAUUAACUUCGCCGUUUAUCGCUGCUUCUUCCCCAAGUGCAUCCGUCCACCUCCGCCUCCUCCGGCCACCAUCGCCCCCCUGCCCGACCGCCGACCUGACGACUUCAUUCUGUGGUCAAACGCCUCUUUCUGGAAUAGUUCGGCUGAGAACAACAACACGGUGCCAGCAGAGGGCGCAGAUGUGGUCGUUCCACCAGGGAUGUGGGUGGUUCUGGACGUGGACACGCCUCGUCUCAACAAGCUGACGGUCAUCGGAGUCCUGGAGAUUCCCGACUCUAUCAACACUUCGUCCAGCAGACCAGCUCGAUCUGCUCCACAGUUCAGGAAGGUUGUUGUCGACGCCGUUUACAUCUCCAUCCAGGGCGGCCAGCUGAUCGCAGGUUCAGACAGCGAACCGUACAGAGGUGAGCUGGAAAUCAGACUGAGAGGAAACCACAAAACUCCUGACUGGCCUCUUCCCAACGGACCCAACCAGGGAUCCAAAGUCCUCGGUGUGUUUGGGACUCUGGAGCUUCAUGGAAAACCUCACAACGUUUAUCACACUAAGCUGGCUGCUACUGCUGCUGCUGGAUCCACCAGUCUGACACUGACGCAGCCGGUCGACUGGCAGGUCGGAGACGAAGUCGUCGUCUCUACAACCAGCUACAACACAAACGAGACAGAGAAACGUCAGAUCACCGCUGUGUCAGCUAACGGCCGCGUCCUGACCCUGAACCAGAGUUUGGCCCACACUCACAUCGCUGAGAUGCACUCGGUGUCGGGUUCGUCUCGGUCCUACACUCUGGCUGCUGACGUUGGUUUGUUGAGCAGAAACAUAAAGAUCGUGGGUCAGGAUUAUCCUCAGAUGAUGGAGGAGUCGUUCGGAGCCAGACUGCUGGUCGGCAGCUACUCCUGGGAGGGAGUCGACUACAGAGGCAAAGCUCAGAUCAAGAACGUGGAGUUUUAUCGCUCCGGUCAGGAAGGUUGGACCGACUACAGCGACCCACGAUACUCUUUGGCCUUUGUCAACCUGGGAGAGGUUUCAGGAGGAGAGUCGUACGUUAAGGGUUGUGGUUUCCAUGACGGCUUCUCUCCGGCCAUCGGCGUCUUUGGGACCGAGGGUCUGAACAUCGAUGACAACGUUGUGUAUCACACAGUCGGAGAAGCUUUCAGGAUUUGGGGUAAUAAUAUAACCGUGAGGAGGAACCUGGUGAUGAUGUCACUGUGGCCGGGAUCCUACCAGGACAGAGAGGAGCCCUUUAACUUCGACUGGAACGCUGCUAUCGAGGUCAACGAGGGGACAAACGUCGUGCUGCAGCACAACAUCGUGGCAGGUUAUGAGAGAGUGGCGUAUCGCAUCGAUGGAGAACCAUGUCCAGGUAAUGUGAAUAAUAAUGAGAAGUGGAUUCAUAACGAGGCCCACGGCGGCCUGUACGGAGUCUACCUCAACAAAGACGGUUUGCCCGGCUGCAGCCUCGUCCAGGGUUUCUUCAUCUGGAGGAGCUUCGACUACGGCAUCUACUUCCAGACCAUCAUGAACAUGGUUAUUUCCAACGUGACGCUGGUGGAUAACGGCAUGGGCAUCAUGCCGCUGACCUUCGCUCCUCCUUCACUGUCUCACGCAUUCGCUGAUAAAACUGUGAAAGUCCAGAACUCGCUGUUUGUUGGCAGCAGCCCGAACUUCAACUGUUCUCUCGGUUUGGACGUCACUGACUUUAAUUUGGCCACCAGCGCCAGCCAUCGAGCUCCUAGACCUCCGAAAGGAGGCAGAUCUGGAGUCUGUUGGCCAAACUUUGCUUCCGCACACAACACUGCUCCAGCUAAACCCCACCACCUGAACAUGAACUACAACGCCAUUAAAGGCCUGAUGACGGUCAAAGACACGACGUUCGUAAAUUUCCGAAACGUCUGCUCCGGUGAGACGAACUUCAUGUUCAUGACCAACCCUCUGAAUGAAGAUCUGCAGCAUCCAGUGGAGGUUUCAGGACUGACCAUCACUGACAGCACAGAGGAGGCUAAAAUCUUUGUUCACAGGGCUGAUGUGGGUAAAGUAAACCCUGCCGACUGUGUGGACAUGGAGUGCGAUGCGAAGAAGAAGACGAUGGUGAAGGACUUGGACGGGUCGCUGCUGGGAGCAGUGGGAGCUGUGGUGCCCCAGUCCGAGUUCGAGUGGAACGGAGAUCCCAGGAGGGGCCUCGGCGACUAUCGCAUCCCCAAAGUCAUGCUCACUCACCCCAGUGGCAGCCGAAUCCCGGUGGAACAGAUCGCUCCAAACAAAGGUGUGAUCAGGAAAAGCUGCACCUACAUGAGUUCCUGGCAGAGCUACAAGUGCUUCGAUCUGAACUACAGGAUGCUGGUGAUCGAGAGUCUCGACUCGGACACGGAGACCAGACGUCUGUCGCCAGUCGCUGUGCUCGGAGACGGAUUCGUGGAUCUGAUCAACGGUCCUCAGGAUCACGGCUGGUGUUCAGGCUACACCUGCCAGAAGAGAGUGUCUCUGUUCCACAGCAUAGUGGCCACCAAUCACUACUUCGAUGUCUUCUUCACCAGCGUCAGUCCACAGAAGCUCCGGCUCAUGAUGCUCAACGCUGAUCCAUCAGAGAGUGUCGUGGUGUCGGUCUUUUACUCCAAACCUCAGCGUUUGGACGUGUACGUCGACAACGCGCUGGUCGCUCCGACUAAUGCUCAGUGGAACGCUGAUAAAAGUGACUACACCCUGAAGAAGCCCAUAACUCCAGGUCAGUACGUUCCUCAGUUGAACGCCACCAUAGGAACCAACUACUUCGACCAGGACAACAAGAUGCUGAAGGUGACGCUAAGAGGCUCCAAACCGGUGGAGAUCAGAACCGCCCCGGUCCUCGUCAUCGCCUUCGACCUGCCCGCCAUGACCGAGGACGAGUUCUUCGGCGACAACCUGGUCAAGAACCUCGCUACGUUCCUCAAAGUCCCCGCCAACAUGAUCCGCAUCGCCAACAUCAUCAGGGAGGACGCACGCCGCCGGAAGAGGUCGACGGGCAUCAAGGUGGAGGUGGAGAUCAAGAAGCCUCCAGUCCAGCAAACCACCAACAGCACCAACGAUGAAGAGGACUUCACGUUGCUGAAGAACAUCGCAGAUAAUCUGGUUCAGGCGGCAGUUUCCGGAAUCAUCAGUGAGUCCAUCGGCUUCAACGUCUCCUCGAUGGGCGUCAUCCCACCACCACCUUCAUCUUCAGACCCCAACUGGAGGGAGGUGGCCACAGAGGAAGUGACCAGAGAGGAACCUGAGACGAGUUACGUGGCCACGGUGUCCGACCUGCUGCUGAUGGUGGAGCCGAUAGCCGGAGAGUUUGUCGGUCCUCUUUCCCAGCAGCCAAGUCUGAUGGCCGUGGAUGAGAAGGGUAAGUGUGUCUCGGUGGGAGUGACGACUCUGAUGGUAACAGCCAGCCUGAAGAACUCCAGUGGAAGCAGCGUGGACGGACUGGAAGGAAACUCCAGCAUCCUGUUCAGCAGCUGCUGGGCCAACUUCACCGACCUGUCCAUCGCCAGCAGCGGUGAGAACCUGACGAUGGUCUUCACUCUGAAGGAGUGGGGCGCCAAGUCCAACGCUUUCUCCGUCAAGAACCGAAACGCCACCACCAACACCACCCAGACCCCGACGACCACCAACGAGAGCCCGACAACCGUCACCUUGACAACAGACACGACCCCCGUUACCAACGUCACCUCGGCCACCUACGACCCUCCGACCACCGACGGCAGCAUCUUCGGUUCCAGCUCCAGCCUCUCCGCCGGCAGCCUCUGUCUGGUCAGCGUCAUCUACUCUGUGGCCUGCUGCUCUGACAGCAUCCCCAUCUGUUAAAGAGUCUUUAUGAAGGAAACCUCAACUUUAUUCACUUUAUCAGGAGCCACUCUGCCAAGUAAAAAAAUAAACUAAAAUAUAAACGCAGCAUGUAAAUAGAGAAAAAGUGCCUCUAAUUUAAAUUAAAGUUAUUCUAAUUAAAAAGUGUUCAAAUCAAUAAAAGUAUAAUUUCCAGAGAUGCUGUUAACACGUCAAAUAAAGAAAAGAUAGAAUUUAAUAAAACAUUACAUGCUGCUAUUAUAGUUUUGCUCAGUUUGUUUCUUGAAUAUUUUGUGCACGUGAAGGUUUUGGGUUCUUUUACUGUGUUGUUAAAAUCUAAAUCAGGUUUAAGAUCCAUUUUUAAAAAAUGCAAAAGUCAACUUGAAUCUCCAGGACAACAUGAAGGAUGUUAAAAAAAAAAAAAAGGUUCCAUUUUAAAGAUUUUAAUCUUGUUUUCAAUAAAUUUAAUUCUGUUGAGAUACAUCAAAUAUUUAUUCACUUGUGUUUAAAAAGAAAUGGAUAUAAUCUGAUAAAAUCCUACAUGCUGUGAUUAUAUUUUCGCUCAGUUUACUUCUUGAAUAUUUUGAGCACACGAAGGUUUCUUUGUGGGUUCUUUUACUGUGUUUAUGUUUUAUGUGGUUCUACAAUAAAUCAGGUGUAAGAUCCAGUUUUUUAAAAGUGCAAAAGUCAACUUGAAUGUGCAGGAAAACAUGAAGGUUGUGAAUGUGAUUAAAGAACUACUGCUUUUUAAUGAUUUUAAUCUCAUUUUUCUCAUUAAGUUCUAUUUUUCAUUCCAUUCUGACGUUGGAACAUCAAACAUGUCUUCACCUGCAUCAAAAAAAUUAAUUUAUAUGAAAAUCCUACAUGCUGCCGUUAUAUUUUUAUUCAGUUUACAUCCUAAAUAUUUUAUGCACAUGAAGGUUUUACUUUUUGUCUUUUAUUGGGUUCUUUUACUAUUAUCUUUCAAAUCAGGUGUAAGAUCCAGUUUUUAAAGUGCAAUACUCAACUUCUUCAAAACUACAAAACUUCUUUCUUCAAUAAAUUGUAUUUUUCAUUCUCA